AUGCAAAUCAGCGGAUUUUUGCAACCAUCAGCUGAAGCAAAAGAAUUACGAAAAUUACUUGAAUCACACGAAAUUCAGGCAGUCUUGCAAGCAUACGAUGUGAUAAUUCAUGAAAUUUAUGAGGGUAGUGCUCGUAGCAAUUGUAAUGGUAACACAAAUACAGUCAAUCAAAAACAAAAUACCCUUCCACAAAUGUCUGUUCAGGCAUCAACUUCAUCACAAUUACCAUUUUCAUAUCUUAAUGGUGGUAUAUUACGACCGCAAACACCUCACACCGUUACACCAUCAUUUGGUGCAACAUCAAAUGAUUUAUCGCAAUCAUUUAUGCUACCGUUGCUUGAUGAUGAUGACGAUCUAAUGAUGGAUUCCGUUAGUCGAGUACGUUUGGUGCAAUUUCAGAAAGAUACCGAAGAACCAAUGGGAAUUACUUUAAAGGUAACGGAAGAUGGUCGAUGUCAGGUGGCGAGAAUUAUGCAUGGAGGAUUAAUACAUCGACAAG